GAUGGGUCAGGACACUAUGUAGCUGACUGGCUCCAGUGUAACUCAUUCAUCACUGUAGAGUGUGUGUGUUUGUGUGUUUGUGUGUGUGUCAGAGAGAGAGAGAGAGAGAGAGGAAGAGAGAGUAGUGGUGGGGUGAGGAGGGGGUUGUGUGUCAGACGGUGCUCCUGCUCGUCCUGCUCCACCGGUUAAGUUAAAUCAGAGGCAGUCAGUGACACGCUGCGGUGGUCUCUCUAUCUCUCAGCCCGUCCUGCUCUGAAAGCAUCAACAGCCUCCUGGUUCAGCACCACAGGACUCGCUGAGGCCCUCUCCCAAGGCUUGUAUCAGUCACCACAGACCCACCCUGCCUACAGGGACCCUCCAUUUAAAAGUCCUGGGAUCUGGUGCUCAAAAAAAAUGGAAGUGAAAAUGCAAAAUCUAACAACAGAAACAACAGACGGUUUAAAACUGGCAUGUGGUAUGUCUGGAAGCCAUGAAAUAAUUUUCACCCUGGUACCCAUCGUCUACGGCUGUAUUUUUGUCAUCGGCAUUGUCGGAAACAGCAUGGUGGUGGCUGUCAUCUACCGCUAUAUGAAGCUUAAGACGGUGGCCAACAUUUUCGUCCUGAAUCUUGCCGUGUCUGACCUCACGUUUCUCAUCACUCUACCAAUGUGGGCUACCUACACCGCCACAGGGUAUAGUUGGCCCUUUGGAGGAUUCCUGUGCAAGGCCAGUGCAGGGCUGGUGAUUUUUAACAUCUACACCAGCAUCUUCUUCCUCACAGCGCUCAGCCUAGACCGUUACCUGGCUAUUGUGCAUCCAAUGCGAUCGAGGCGCUUCCGCACGGUGGUGUAUGCUCGUCUUACCUGUGUGGUGAUCUGGCUUUUUGCCUUCGUGCUCAGUGUGCCCACAGCGGUGAUCAGGAAUCUCCACGACAUCUCACACUCUAACACUACAGUGUGCGGCAUUCUGCACCCGACUGAUGAAAAUGAAAUGUGGCUGAAAGGGCUCCGCCUGGCCAUCAGCCUCAUGAAGAUCCUGCUGGGCUUCCUGUUGCCCUUUGUCAUCAUCCUCACUUGUUAUUGCCUUAUUGGGCAGGCACUGCUGGGGGCCACGCACAUACAAAAGAGCUCUCGUUCGCGGGACGACGAGGUACUGCGCAUGCUCGCAGCGGCUGUCUUGGCCUUUUUCUUGUGCUGGGCGCCACACCAGGUAUUCCACUUCAUGGAGGUGCUCACCCAACUGAAACUUGUGAACAAAUGCUCCAUUGUGGAACUCAUUGACACCGCCAUACCCUUCACCAUAUGCAUCGCCUACUUCAAUAGCUGCGUGAACCCUAUCGUGUACAGCUUCGUGGGGCACAACUUUCGCAAAAACUUACUCCGUCUGCUGUGUUGCUCCCCGGGUGCAGGUCCCAGGCCUCACCCGAGCAUUAGCUCCAAGAUGAGCGCGCUCUCUUUUCGCGCCUCAGAGGCACUGAGCCUUACAGUCAAAAGUAAUGCCUCCUCUGACGUGAAGUAAAGGGGAAAAAAAGGGGGAGAGAGAGAGAGAGAAACAGGGUACAAUUGACCUCUCCUCGCUCUUUCAGUUUGAGGUCAAAGACCUGGGGAUGGAGACAUUCCAUGCUUUUUUUUUUUCUCCAUGCCCAACUGUAUUACCCAGCACUGAAACAUCUACAAUGAUUGUAGUGUUGUGGACAUGUUCCUCUGUAAGACUACCGUGUACAAUGCUAAGUUGCAGAAUACUUAUUCAUAUACCAUUCCAUGUCACAUAGCAUGCUGGCAAAACUUUCCCAUCUAACCCUGUGAAAUGAAUGAGAGUGUCACAAAAAAAGCCAUAUUAAUAUAGUAUGGCUCUGCUAGAAAAUAUUAUACAUAAUUACUGAACGCUUAUCCCAUUAUUUAUAAAAAGAUAUGCAUGUUCUGCAAAAUUAUGUCAGCAUUGUGCCUCGAUGAUACAGUGCAGUACUAUACUGUCUAGUGAUAACUAUCCUUUGCUCUCAGCAGGUCGUUCACUAGUUGGAACAAUACUAAAAAAAGUGCUAAGCCACUCAUGAAUGCUCUGCCAGUGGCAACAUACAUGAAAUAAUUGGAAAUGUAUUGCAAAAUGUCAUGUAAAUGUAUAUUUGAAGCAUAUCUGACUUCAGUAACUAUUUUCUGUAUGUUAUAUAGUAUAGUCAGACUAUGUCCUCUUUGUGAAAAUGUAUAUUUGUUUGCAUAUCAACACUGAAAUGCUACCAAGUCUGGGAGUGACAUGCUAUCAAAAAUGGAGUGCCAUGUAAAUAAUCCAGGCUGGGAGAUCAUUGUCAGUGUCUUUGGUGGUUGUCUUUGUGAUAUUUAAACUUGACAGGUGUGGUUUUUUUAUACUGUGUAGGUGUGCAUUUUGUGAAUACGAAAUAUAAUUAAACUGAAAUAAAAUACAGUCUAAGAUGUA